GGAGGGGAUCCGCUAUGAGUUCUGUGUCUGAUUGAGAGGAAGAAGAGAAACUACAGCAGAAGGAAGCGAUCGCUCUGCUCUUAUCCUGCUGUGGUUCGUAGUUGUGUGUUUUAUUGAAUUGUAGUAACAGAGCUUUCUGGUAAAGAUGGCGUAUCACAGCCCCUACAGAGGCGCCCCGCACACCAACGCUGCUGCGGACCAGAGCUUUCUGUGGAAUAUCUUCCAGAGGGUCGACAAAGACCGGAGUGGAGUCAUUUCCGACUCGGAGCUUCAGCAGGCCCUGUCCAACGGCACAUGGACUCCCUUCAACCCGGUGACGGUGCGAUCCAUCAUCUCCAUGUUUGACAGGGAAAACAAAGGUGGCGUUAACUUCAACGAGUUCGCCGGUGUGUGGAAGUACAUCACAGACUGGCAGAACAUCUUCAGGACCUACGACAGGGACAACUCGGGCUUCAUCGACAGGAACGAGCUCAAACAGGCGCUAACCGGAUUCGGCUAUCGUCUGUCAGACCAGUUCUACAGCACUCUGAUAGAGAAGUUUGACCGGCAGAGGAAGGGACAGGUGGCCUUCGAUGACUUCAUCCAGUGUUGUAUUGUAUUACAGAGGUUGACCGACGUCUUCAGGCGAUACGACACGGACCAGGACGGCUGGAUCCAAGUCUCUUAUGAACAGUAUCUUUCCAUGGUCUUUAAUGUGGUAUAACGCACAUGAAGGCCACAGAAGAGCACAACUGGACACAACUGUGCCAAAAGCUCCCGGUGCCCUCUGGAUGUCUGCCAUAGUGGACACUACAAUAUUUUUUUUAACCUGGUCUCAGCCCAAUUUGGGCAAUUUAAUCUGAAGUCUUCAACCUAGAGAAAAAAAAAAAUUAGGUGCUUGAUGUAUGGUAAAGAAAAAAAUCUUGUAGUGUUUUGUUGAUGAACUGUAAACAGGUCUGUUGGUUAAGGACAAAUAUGGCCACGUUAAUGUCGACACUUUUUUUUGUUUUAAACUGAAGUGAUUGAAGAACAUAGUUCUGUUUAAAUAAAAUAAUGCACUGUAAAUAUAAUUUGCAUGCUUUUCAGGGAAAUUAAGCCCCAUGUCGUAGCAUGCUGUGCAUUUUUUUUGUUCUGUUUUUAUGUCCUCUGCCCUCUUUGCUCCAAGCCAUGUUUACAAAAACUGUGAGAGCAGGUGACAAUCUGCUUCGAGGUUCACUUACAUGCCAUAUUUGUAUAAACAUAUUCUUAACAGCACAUAUUUAAAUGCUAAAAGAUCAUUUUUGGUAGAGGGUUCGCAUAAUAUCUUUACUUUGGCUUUUUUUUCUGUGCAUGAUGCCUUAAAAUGUACAAAAACCAUAAAAAUUAAAGAAAUC